GGCCCCUCCUCCCGAGCACUCCACGUGCAGGCUUUGUCAGGGUGCAGUGUGUCCCUGCAGCUGUGGCCAGCAGACGACAGGGGGGCUUGCCAGGGAGGCAGGACCACCCCGAAGGACCCCAGCUGACUUCAGUCCUGGGCCGAUUGGCGCCUGUGCACACGGCUCUGCUUUUGGAGUCCCCAAAGAGACCUUCAUUCAGCAUCUUGGCUCCUUGUGAACCACCCUGGACUCCUCUGGAAGCUGUGCCUGGACAGGAGCUCCCACAAGCCCUCAAGUUCGCCUGCUUGGGGCUGUGGGGAGCCACAGAUUCUUCUUGUUUUAAAAAUGAUUUUUGUCUUCUAGGAGAGAUGGGCCUCCUAACCAUCCCUCUGUUCCUGCUGGACAAGAGAUUCUCAGAGGAUCCCUCCAGCCUCGACUGGCCAACCACAGAGCAGAGCAGGAAACAAGCACUUGGUUGUCAACCACUGUGGGAGAGGGUGACCACAUCGGGUAGGGGAAGCCCCUGGCCAGCCCCCACCCAGAGCCCAGUGAUUUUAACUUUUAGGAUGGAGUUGAGUGGAGGGUCUUCAGCACCCCCAGAAGCUGUUUCUCCUCCUGGGAAACCCAAUGCUGGACCUGGCAGCUCCUCCCUGGGGAAGCUCCGAGCCCUUCCCAUUGGGCCUGGUGCCCACCGAGGGAAUGGUGGCAGGCCUGCCACAGCAGAUGACAGCUCCUCAGACCCUGGCCCCCUGGGGGCACUGAGCAGCAUGAAGAUUCCCAACCGGGACAGUGGAAUCGACAGCCCGUCCUCCAGCAUGGCCAGCGAGAACUUCCCCUGUGAAGAUGGUGGUGAGGCCUCCCCAGAUCCUACUGGCCUGGGGCUGCAGCCUGAGACAGCUGUGGGCAGCCAGGUCCCACAGGCCAUCCCGCGGGACGAGGCUGACAGUGACAUGGGUGAGGAUCCUGAUCCCGAGAACAAGCCCUCCAGGGCUGAUGAGGAUGUCGGCCUGGCCCAGUGCUGCAGUCCCCAGAAGCUGCUCCACAUUGCCCAGGAGCUCCUGCACACCGAGGAGACCUAUGUGAGGCGGCUACACCUGCUGGACCAGGUUUUCUGCACCAGGCUGACAGAAGCGGGGAUCCCUGCAGAAAUCACUACCGGUAUCUUCUCUAACAUUUCCUCCAUCUAUCGCUUCCAUGGGCAGUUCUUGCUGCCUGAGCUGCGGACGAGGAUCACAGAGGAGUGGGACACAAAUCCCCGGCUUGGGGACAUCCUGCAGAAGCUGGCCCCAUUUUUGAAGAUGUACGGCGAGUAUGUCAAGAAUUUUGACCGGGCAGUGGGGCUGGUGAGCACGUGGAUCCAGCGCUCUCCGCCCUUUAAGGAAGUUGUGCACGGCAUCCAGAAGCAGGAAGUGUGUGGGAACCUGACGCUGCAGCACCACAUGCUAGAGCCCGUCCAGAGGGUUCCCCGCUACGAGCUGCUUCUUAAUGACUACUUGAGGAGGCUCCCUGAGGAUGCGCCAGACCGCAAGGAUGCUGAGAGGUCCCUGGAGCUCAUCUCCACAGCCGCCAACCACUCCAACGCAGCUAUACGGAAAAUGGAGAAAAUGCACAAGCUCCUGGAGGUGUAUGAGCAACUGGGUGGGGAGGAAGACAUCGUUAACCCGGCCAAUGAGCUGAUCAAGGAGGGCCACAUCCAGAAGCUGUCGGCCAAAAACGGCACCGCCCAGGAUCGCCACCUCUUCCUGUUCAACAGCAUGGUCCUCUACUGUGUGCCCAAACUGCGGCUCAUGGGACAGAAGUUCAGUGUUCGGGAGAAGAUGGACAUCUCUGGUCUUCAGGUACAGGAUAUUGUGAAGCCAAAUGCAGCGCAUACAUUCAUCCUGACUGGAAGGAAAAGGUGCCUGGAGCUUCAGACUCGGACAGAAGAAGAGAAGAAAGAAUGGAUUCGGGUCAUUCAGGCCACCAUCGAGAGGCACAAGCAGAACAGUGAGACCUUCAGGGCCUUCAGCAGCACAUGUGGCCAGGACGACGAUGCCAGCCCAUCUCCAGACUUGCCUAUGGUGAGCACCAGCCCCAUGGAGCCCACGGUGGUGACUGACGGCAGUAGGGGUGUCCCAGGGCUCGAGUCCAGAAAACUGUCCUCUAAGACCAGACGUGACAAGGAGAAACAAAGCUGUAAGAGCUGCAGGGAGACCUUCAACUCCAUCACCAAGAGGAAACACCAUUGCAAGCUGUGCGGGGUGGUCAUCUGUGGGAAGUGCUCUGAGUUCAAGGCUGAGAACAGCAGGCAGAGCCGCGUCUGCAGAGAGUGUUUCCUGACUGAGCCUGCAGCCCCCACAGCCCCCAGCACCGCAUUGCCCACUGAGCCCAAGCAGAACACACAGCUGCCCGUUGCAGAUACCCAGCCCAGCGUGCUCUGCAGCCCUCUGCGGCUAUCGGAGGAUGGUGUGGCCUGGAUUGAGGUGUGGGCUGCCAUCCCCACCUCAGACUGUCAGGUGCUACGGCUACAGGGAAGUGGCCAGGAUGGCCAGCUGUUGAACACCAUCCCUCUGCCCAGCUGCACAGUGUGUGUGCCAGACCCCAAGGAGGUGCGGGAGGCUGAGCACACGUGGAAGCUGCAGCAGGGCCGGCGAUCCUGGUACCUGAGCGCCCCCUCUGCGGAACUGCAGCGGCGCUGGCUGCAGGUUCUGAGAGCCACAGCCAGCAAGGAUACAACGCAGGAUAGUCCAGGCGGCCCGCAACCCCAGGCCCUGGCAGAUACAGCCGCUCCAUGAACAAUCCUCCUGCUGCUCUUUACACUGCUACAUAGGGCCUGUGCUCUCCAGGAGGGUGACAUUGGAGCCACGUGAAGGAAUGAGACUCUCAGGAUGCUGAGAAUAGGCUGAUGGCCUGGAGCCGGGGCCCUUCUGGGGGAAACUGAGGCCCAGAGAGGAACAGCCACCUUCCCAAGAUGACCCAGCAAGUCCAGGGAAAGAGCUUGGCCUCCAGCUUCAGCCCCACCAGUGUGGCCAGAGAAGGGAAUAUGGGCCACUGUCAAAAUACAUGUCAUCUGAGUGAGCUGAGCAGUGGUGCCUCCUCCAAAGGGCAGAGGGCCAUGAGGGUGCUGCCCAGGGCUGGUAACGUCCCCCCAAGUCUGCAGUCAUUGCUGGGCUGGUAGGGCUGCCUACAGCUCGUCCUGGCCUCUGGCCUCCUAUCUGCACUCUGUGAGGUGCCUUGUGAUCUGCUUCUCCUGGGCUCCACUCCCUUGUCUGCCUUCUGCCAAGCCUGGAGCCACUUGUGGAGGGGCGAGUGGUGACCUCCCAUCCCUCUCUGGACACAUGCUGCCAGGCCCUGGGUGGCAGCUAUGGGAAAUUGUCGCUGCCCCUUUGCAGGCAGACACAGCGCUUCUCCACCUAAAUAAAUGCCAGCUGUCAGCAAGCGGGCACAGCCUCAGCGUUCUCUCGUCCUCUC